ACAGUUAAUUUUUAUUCACGGAAAAAAAAGAAAAAAACAGCUGUUGUUGAAAAAGAAAACAUCAAAAAUGCCGGCCUCAAAGAGAGGAUCGGCUCCUCCAGACUCGCAGUCCAAGAUAAGGAAGUUGGAUGAGGACGGAGAGGCUGCGCCAUCCAAAACUGUACCAGCCGCCAAUAAUCAGUCACAUAACAACACAGGAACUAUGAAAGAAAAGACAGCAGCCCCAUGGACUAAGAAAAAACUCUGUGCUUCACCGGAAGGGGGACAUAAACUAGCCAAGUCCCCCAAACAGAGCUCGCCUCUGAAGGAUUCCAGCAAAACUUCCCCUGACCCACCUGUCAAAAAAGCCAAGCUCCAGAAAGCCACAAGUGCCUCCUGUGGAGAAGCUGCCUCACCGAAAGCGAACUCCAAAACCUCCCUGAAGCGAACUGCCUCCACGGACUCUGACGAGUUGAGUAGUGAUGGUAGUAAGGCUGACUUCUUCAGAGAAAGGGAUGAUGAAGACAAGGCCCGCUGCAUCAGAAAAUACUCAAAUCGAGUCAAAGCCAAGCGAAAGACGGAAGAGUCUCCUUCUGUCUCCGAGGAUACGAGUCAAGGUUUAUCUUCUCCACCUAAGGACCCCAUACAGAUGGACCACAAUUAUGGUAUAUUCACAGAUUCACCAUGUCUUGAAACUACAGAUGAGGCAAAUGAGAACAUUAAAAAAGAAUCUGCAGAAUCUUUUACUGAGCAAGAGAGACCACAAAUAUCAGCUAUUGCACCACAGGAGGUGUCAAAGGAAACUACGGUCUCUGUAACAGACACCAAAUUUGAGUCUUCAGCUAAUGAAAGUAAACAUAAAGAAUUACAAAAUGUAGAAAGCCAAAAGGGUGUGGAUAAUGAAACACCAGCAUCAUCAAGAGACAUUUCAGACCAUCUCAUAUCUGAGGCUGAAAAGAAGGAUGAGGAAGAGUUCGUUCAAAAGGAUUUAGAUGAUAAAACACUACCAUCAUCAAUGGAAACACUAAGUUUGGCUGCUGGAGAGGUGGAUCCAAAGUGUAAAGAUGAAAAACAGUCUUGCAUGUCAGAGAGUCUGAGAACUGAAACUAAAACAAAUGAAACCACACAGUUUGUUUCUGGAGAGAAUAAAUUGAGUGUUCAGUGUACAGCUAAGGGAUCAACUGAAUCUGCCACCAUAUCUGCAGCCCUUAGUAACGAAUUCAACUCUGCAUCAGAACAGCUGCUUGUGGAAAGUGGUAUUCCAGAGAAUGAGACUCAAGCAGACAUUGUCAGAGCUCUCGCUACUUCCGACGGGGAAUCAAAUCUUGUAGACACGCAGGAUGACGUGCCAAUUGCAGUUACCGACACGUGUGUUGAUGUGGAAACAAUGGUCAUAAGGUCUGAGGAAGAUCUUCAAGAAAGCGAUGGAAAAGAAGCUGACUUCCAGUUGACUCAGGUCGUCUCUUGUCCUGGAGGUUUGGUUGAGAGACAACUGAGCCAUGACUGUGUGAUAACUGACAGCUGCACUGAAAUAUUGAUUCCUGAUUGCGAGGCUGUUCAAAGAGAAGUGAUUUCCGAAUGUUUUACAGUUCCAGACGGUCAGAUAGCACCUAGCGUAGAUCUGCAAAAUCAGGAGAACCACAGACUUUUUGACAACACUGCAGAAAAGCCUGAUGAUGGAGUUAAAGAAGAUUCUGAGAGCACAGAAGGAGACACGAGCAUGAUUUGUGUCACUGCAGCAAGCAGCCAGAUCAACAUGGAUAUACUGACUGCAGCAGCAUCAGAGGAGAUUUCUGUAGUGGAAAUACAAAGACAGGAAAAACAGGAUGCUCCUGAACCUAUUGCAGACAUAUCUACAAACUUUCAUGAGGAUCAUGUGGGAGAAAACUGUAGAAUUAUGGAAGACAAACACUCUGUGAGCUUUGGACAUAGUAGUGGAGCUGAGACUGAAACUAAAAUAGAAACACAGAACAUAGUGAUUUCAGAAGUUUCUAAUACAGAAGUGCAAAUUCUUGAGACCCAGGAAAUCUGCAACGCUACAACAGCCGAAUCCACAGAGGUUCAUGUUAUGGAUGAUAAAUCUGACAACAUUAAAACCUUUGAAUGUGCUGAUGGGUCUGAGAGCCAAGAGAAAAUACAAACACAGAGCUUAUCAGCUUUGGAGGUUAGUAAUCCAGCAGCUAAAGUGGAAGUACAAAACCAGGAGAGGCCAGACGGCGAAGCCACGAGUGACAAAGUUCAGGAAGAUCUGAGGACUGCAAACUAUGAGAGCAGCGAAGAAGGUGAAUGUGUUGCUGCUGUGGAAAAACGAAUGGAAACACCAGACAAUGUAGAGGCUGAAACCACAUCAGUGGAGAUCUGUAACAUUGAGCAAACGCAUCAGAUGAGCCAGGUGGACAGUGAAUCUACCACAGCUGAAUCACACAUGGAUCAAAUUGUUGAAAAUGUGCAAUCUGUGGAAAUGCAGACAAAAUUAACAAUGGAGGUUUCAUAUCCAUCCGCUUCAGUGGAAAUCCAGAGAAGUCAAACAGAAGUGGAGCUACAGACCACAUUGGGGACGAGUUCUGACAUUGCACCUGGAGCAGGAAUACAAAGUCACAAAAAUCAUGAAAUCAAUGAAUGCAAUACAGACGACAUCCCUAAAGAGAUUACAGAAGACUCAAUAAUUGAAAAUUUCCAAACUGUGCAGAAUGAAGCUAAAUGUGUGACACUAACUCCAGAGAUUUCUGAAGCAGCUCAUUCAGUGGAAGUGCACAGUGAGAAAAGUCCAGAAGUAGUGGAGAUGGAGUCUGCAGCAACAUCAGAGGAGGUUUCUAACAUACCUGCAGCGCAAAUACAAAACCAGGAGAAUCAGGAUGUUGGUGCACAUAUUACAGACACAGUUUAUACAGAGUCUGUGACUGUCCCUAAGAACGAAAACAAAACAGAAGAUCAGCCUAAAUCGCCAAUAGAAUUUACCGGACAUGCCUCUAUGGUGGAAUUACAGAGUGAGAAAAGUCAAAAUGAAGUUGAGAUGGAAACUGCAACAACAUCAGAGGAGGUUUCUGACACAUCUGCAGUGGAAACAGAAACCCAGACGAGUCAGGAUGUCUGUGAAGAUGGUGCAGGCAUGCAGAUCGACUCUGUGACUGUUGCAGAAAAUGAAAACAAAAAAGAAGAAAAGGCUAAAACCACACCAGAGAUUUCUGAAGUGGUCCCUUCAGUGGAAGCACAAAGUGAGAAAAUUCAGCGUGAAGUGGGUAUGGAGUCUGCAGCACCUUCAGAGGAGGUUUCUAAGAUAUCUGCAGUGGAAAUCCAAAGUCAGAUAAGCAAGGUUAUCACAGAAUAUAGCACAGAUGUACAUACACAGUCAGUGACAUCAACACCAGACUCCCCUAAAGAAUCCACCUCAGUGGAAAUCCAGCUGGUGCAAAGUCAAAAUGAAGUGGAUGCGGAGCAGAAAACACCAGAGGAGGUUGCUAGCAUACCUGCAUUGGAAAUAAAGGGCCAGGAUGUCAUUGAACAUAACACAGACAUACUCAUGCAGCCCAUCAGUGUCUCGGAGAAUGAAAAUGAAAUGGAAAAACAGGCUCCAUCGAUAUCAGAGGCAGAGAUUUCAGUGGAAGUACAAUGCGGCAAAAGUCUAUCUGAAGUGGAGAUGGAGACCACAACAACAUCAGAAGAGCUUUGUAGCCCACCAGCAGCAGAAACGCAUAAGCAGAAGAGUCAGGAUGUCAGUGAACACACAGAAGAUUCAUAUACGCAGCCCGUCGCUGUCCCAGAGAGAGAAAUUGAAAUGGAAGAGCAGGCUAAAUCGACACAAGAGAUUUCAGUGGAAAUACAAAGUGAGAACAGCCUAAAUGAAGUCGACAUGGAGUCUGCAGCUGCAUCAGAGGAGAUUUCUAGCACACCUGCAGCGGAAAUACAAAAUCAGACGAGCAAAGAUGUCUGUGAACGGAGCACAGACGUACAUACAGAGCCUGUUACUGGUGCAGAGAAUGAAAACAAAAAGCAGGAUACAUUAAUAGCAGAUAUUUCUAUUUCAGCACACAGCCAGGAGAUACAGGAAGCCACUGAACCUACGGGAGACAUAUCUAAAGAAGUCCACAAAGGAUUAAGGAAUCCCACAAAUCACCCCAACAAAGCACAUUGUGUCACUGCUGCUGAGAGUCAGGUGGAAAUGGAGGCAACAGAAGCACCAAAGGAGACAUCUGAGCCAACAAAUAACCCAAGCCAGAAAGGUCAGGAGGUCAGUGAACUGACUAUAAACACUACAGUAGAGAAAGACUUUAUUAAUGCUCUGAGUGAAGAGGAGGAUGAUAAGGUUAAGGCCGACUGUGUCAUUGCUGCUGAGAGUCAAAGAAAAGUGGAAGUGCAGACAACAGAAACACCGGAGGAGGUUUCUGAUCUAAAGAAUGUGCCAGAAACACAAAGUAAGAAAGAUCGGGAGACCACUGAGCUCAAAACAGACACUGAGGCAGGUAAAGAUUUCAUUAAUACUGAAGAAAAGGAUGACAAGGUCGAUGCUGAAUGUGUCAGUGUUACUGAGAGUCCAGGAGAAAUGGAAAUACAGACAGUAGAAGCACCAGAGAAGAUUACUUAUCUGACAAAUAAACAAAAUCAGAGAGGUCAAGAGGUCAGCGAACUCACUACAGACACUGAAGUGGAAAAAGAUUUGACCGGGACAGAGUGCGAGGAAAAGGAUGUCGAGGUUAACGAGGAAAGCUUAAGCGCUGUUGAGAAUCAAGGAGAAAUGGAAGUGCAGACAACAGAAUCAGGAGAAGAAAGAUCUGACGUUGAAGUACACAACGAUGGAAAUCAGGAGGUCGGUGACGUUCAGGAAGAUCUUAUGUCUGCACGCUGUGAGACUAGAAAUGAGGAAGAGCCUGCUUCUGAAUGUGUUAACAUUUUAGAAACUACUGCAGAAGGGAGUCUUUAUCUAACAAAACAGCAAAGUAAUGUUACUGAGGAAAUAAAUGAAGACACCACAGCGUUAUUAGAAAUUCAGAAACAGAGAGGGCCUCGUGCUGACGUGGAUAUAACAAGUGAAUCAACAGAAAGGGAAGCUUCAGUGUUAGAAGAGGAAACGGGGAGCCAAAUGUUUAAUGAGGUCAAGGCUGACGGAUCUGUUGGUAACAUCGAAGGAGGAGGAGCGGAUAGCAGCGAAGUAAUGCUUUUUGUUUGUGGGCAAACCGACAACAACAAUGUCGUAAUUCAGCCUUCUGAGGAGCAGAUUGAGAUGGUUAAUCAGUCAGCGGUCGGGCCCCAUGAAAACCAGAUAGUGUACGAGCCCAUUAGUAGCCCAGAGAGUAAUGAUGAUCGUGAUGUGUCUGCAGCGGCAGCAGAGAAGCACGAUGCCGUUUCUAUAUUAGAUAUACAAUGCACAGAGGCUCAACAGAUGGAAACAAACUUUUCCAGUAAUGAAGACAACAGAGAAAUUGGUGGCAUGCAGCUGGUAAAUGAAGUUGCUAAGGAGGAAAUUUGUGUCCCAGACAGCCAGGCAGGGGUUGAAAUGGAAGUACAAGCGCAGCCAGCACAGUUGGAGCAGAUUAACGCUACCGUGGAUGUGAAAGAAGUUGCACCGAUCAGUUCUGGCAGUGACAUGAGCGUGGCAGAUGGAGGGUCAGGAGAUGCUGCAGAAGUGAAGAGUGAAAUGACAGUGAAAAGUGAAGGAAAUGGCAUUUCAGAGUGCAUCAGAGCCACUGAGUUUUCUGAGCAGGUGCAGCACGAUGCUGGCGUUCAGGAAGCUGCGGGCGUCACGGUAACAACAACAACUCCACCAACAACGACUACAUCCUCCACUGAAUUUGAGGUACCAGGUGGUGCAUCUGAGGAAUAUGUGAUUUUAGAGCCAGUCCCACAGAGUGAAAUUCACUUUGAUAUCGUCACUCAAGCUGCAACCGAAUCAGGUCUGGCGGCCUCUCUUUCAGAGGAGGUGAAUCCAGAAAGUGAGUCGAUGGAGGAGAAGGCGGAGAGUGAGAGGACUUUAAAUGGUUCCGAGCAAACUGUGUUUACUGAAGCGGCGGCUAGUUCAGGGGAGGUAGCAGAGCAGGAGACAAACAUUUCACCUGUGGAGGAAGACGUUCAGGUUAUUCAGCCUUCUGACCACCAGUCAUCUCACAUGGUGGACAUGAAUACCUCCCAUGACUCUGAACCCCAAAGCCUGAUUGAAGACAUUAAUGUAGUGGUGAUAGAGGAUGCUCAAGAUAACCUGGACAUACAAGAAGUGCAGAUUCUAGAGGACAUCGAGAUCGGACAUGAGAUUAUAGUGAUGGAGGAAGAGAAUGAUGAAGACAGUGACAUUGCAGUAGUAGAAAAGCCACAAGAAACAGCCGAGGCAGGCCUGCCUGAGGAAAAGGUGAAUGAGAAGUACAUAUGUAACACUAGUGGGCCUGACAUGAAGCAAAACAGCACAGCUGAAAAGACCGAAGAGGAAAAGAAAGCUCAAGAGCCAGAAAAACCCAAGAAACAAGAAAUGAACACGCAAGCGAGAACCAAAGCUCGCCUCGCAGCUCUGGCUGAGCAGAAGGCUGCGGCAGCUAAGAGAAGUUCAAAUAGGCAGCAGCUGAAUCUCUUAGCCCUGUGUCAGGAGAUCGCAGAGGACAUUGCCACAGACAGCAUGCUGCUGAAGAGGAUAGAAGAAGAAAAACAAGCGGCAGCAGCAGCAGCCAAGAGUGAAGCCAGCAAGAAGGAACGCCCGCCUGUUAACAUGCAAGAUGCCAACACGAUUAAUGUCGCAACUCCUGCUGGACCAGAGGGAUGCGCCCCUCCUUCGGUGACCCCUGCUCCUGAGGCCCCCCCAGCCCAGCCCUCAACGGCUGAUUCAGCCGAAACUCAGCCUUCCGCCGAGCCUCCAAAGAGACGUUUCUUCAUCACGCAGAUUUCAGUGCCGCUGAAAGUCCACGAGAAAAAGAAGCUGACUCGAUAUCAAAGACUCAGACAGGUCGAGCUGCAGAGAGAGAAAAUGUCGUGGGCACGUGUGAAGAAACUAAAGUCUGACCAAACAAAUCAGAUGUUCUCAGACAUGGAUUGGCAGGCACCUUUUUCUGCUGCCUCUCUUUUUCCAGUGAGCCCUGUUACCACACCUCCUCCUCAACCUGCAGCCAGUCCAGCAACCUCCCAACUGAGUCCUUCUGCAUCUAGCAAACCUGCUACACCGAAGGCAGAAGCUCCCAAGAAUGAGCCUAAGGCUGAGCUGGCUAAAACUGAACCAUCUAAAACUGAACCCACUAAAACUGAACCCACUAAAGCUGAAACCUCCAAAAAACAACCAACGAUAACUGAAACUCCUAAAACUGAACCCCCUAAAACUGAAACUGGCAAACCUGAAGCCUCUAAAACGGAGCCUCCUAGUACUGAAAACCGUAGAACUACACGGCAAAGCAAGGCUCAGACUACUAAAGCAGCAGCUACUCCAGAGCCCGCGCCAAAAGUCACAAGAUCAGGAACCAAGAGAACCCUCCCAGCAAUACCACCUCCCAUGCCCAACGGACUUAAUGCUCAGAAACUGAAAAUGGAAGUUGAGUACAAGCCAUACAGACCCAGGCCGAAAUAUUCUCCUGACGAUUUUGAGCUGGAUGAUGACCCAUUACCAGCAAAGCCGAAACCACCCGGCCUCCAGUCAAACCCUUUGGCUCAGCCUAAACCCACUCUACUAUCAAAGCCCACGCUCACAGCGCAACUUGCCAACCAGGCAAAACUCAAAGCUCAGACCAAGGCUGCUGGGCAGAUCUCAGGUCAGUCAAAGCCCUCUGUUGCAGCUCCAGCUCAGUUAAAGCCCGCACAGUUAAACCCAGCUGUUGCACCAGCAACACAGUCUAAGGCCACAGCUGCAACUGCAGCUUCAUCCAAACUUGCUUCUUCAGCGAAUGCUCCGUUAAAGUCUCCAGUCCCGACUGCAACUCAGUCUAAAGUUGUUUCAGCUCCGGCUCAGUCCAAGCCUGCAGCUUCUGUUUCACCUCAGCUGAAGACUGCAGGUGCCGAUGCUAAUCUAACACAGCUGAAACCAUCUGCUUCACCUGCAGCUCGGCCUGCUGUUGCAGCCACAUCUGGGAUGAAGCCUGCUGCCUCUAAGGCUGGUGCAAUUUCAGUGCCUCAGAGACCCACAGAUCCCGCAUGUAAAGAAAACGACAAGUGCAAGAAUGCAGCUCAUCCACUUUCAUCAGCUCCACCUGAAGAGAGCGCCAAAGUGUCUGACAAGCUUACAGAGAGUAAAGCAGAAAGCUUGAAGGAAGCAGAGCAGACAUCAGGAAAGCCUUGUCAAGACAAAGCCGUGAAGCCACAGGAUGGCGGGGCUCCUCUCUCCGAAGCUUGCCUGCAAAAAGAAGUCAAGAAGCUAAAGGAGGCUGACAAAGAUGGCACCCAAACAGUUAUUGAUGCAGGACAGAAGCAUUUUGGAGCAGUGGCCUGCAGUGUGUGUGGGAUGCUCUACUCUGCUGCCAACCCCGAGGAUGAAUCUCAGCAUUUGCUGUUUCACAACCAGUUCAUCAGCGCCGUCAAAUAUGUGGGUUGGAAAAAGGAGAGGAUUUUGUCUGAGUUUCCAGAUGGCAAGAUCAUUCUCGUCCUGCCAGAUGAUCCCAAAUAUGCUCUGAAGAAGGUUGAGGAGAUCCGGGAGAUGGUGGACAAUGACCUCGGCUUCCAGCAGGUGGAGACCAAGUGUCCCUCAAAGACCAAAACCUUCCUCUUUAUCUCUAAUGACAAGAAAGUGGCUGGGUGUCUCAUAGCUGAGCACAUACAAGAGGGGUACAGGGUGAUUGAAGAGCCCAUGCCAGAGGGUUCGGAGGGAGAGAAGUUGAUGUUUGAACGUCAGAGAGCUUGGUGCUGCUCCACAACGCCAGAGCCCGCCAUCUGCGGCAUCAGUCGCAUCUGGGUGGUCAGCGUGAUGAGACGUCAGGGCAUCGCUUCGCGCAUGCUCGAGUGCCUCCGGAAUAAUUUCAUAUACGGUUCAUACCUGAGCAAAGAUGAGAUCGCCUUCUCCGACCCCACUCCCGACGGGAAACUCUUCGCCACGCAUUAUUUUGGCACUUCCCAGUUUUUGGUUUAUAACUUUGUGAGCGGGACACGCUCGCACCAACCCAAAACCCAAGCAGUAUGACGGUCUUCGGAUACCGUAACGAUGGCUUCAUCUGAGACGCUCACCGACCAGUGGGACAUCCUCACCAAACACUGAAUCUUCACGUGUGUUUUAAAAAGAAAAACCUCCUCGGAGGGGUUACACAUUGGUUCAAAUCUCAGGAUGAAAACAACGAGGUGUUGUUGAAACAUGAUAUUUCACCCUUUAAUCCUUCCCCGCAUAGUAUUUUGAAGAAAAAGAGUAUUUUCUUUAUACAUUUUUAAGUAAACAAUUGGUUUUAUUAGGAGAAUAGAGUUUACAUGCAUGAUCUGACAGCAAUAGAAAACAAAGAGCAUUUUAUCGUUUUAUCUUUUGAAUCCUCGUGAAGCGUAACCAUCAACCUGCUGCAUUAAACAAAUGGUUAUUUGCAAGUUUGUUCCUCAGUCGGUUUUUGUCAUUUUUACACCCGUUUCCUGUAGUGGAGUGUGUUAAGCUGCCGUUGUCUCCAGAUGUGUUUAAGGGACGUCGAUAAUCCCUGAAGGGCACAACUGCACAAUUUCUUUUGAGGGGUUAAGCUGUGUUUCCUACACUUUGAUUUCACUGUCAUGUUUUUAUUGUAGUAUUUCAGAAACAAUUUCGACACCUUGAUUAGAGAGAUGUGGGUUAGAACUGUAGCUUGGGCAUUAUUUGUGUGCUCCGAUCUUCUGAGAUCACAUUACCUGACUUUUUUCCCCUCAAGCCGAGCCAUAUACUGUUCACCGUUUAGCGAGGCGUUAUAGCCUAAACUGUAUGAGUGGUGUCUUUAAAUUUCACCAAGGCUGUCUUUUGCUUUGUUUGUGCCUGAAUGAAUCAUGUGUGACUUAAGUUGUUGAUUUAUUUUCUUUACUUUUUUAGCCACAUGUUCUUCUUAAGUAGCAUCUGGCUUUGUUUUUUUAUUCCAAUAGUGUAGAUUAUCAUCUUCCUAUUCCUUAGUAACAAUGAAUUAAAAUGUAUAUCAAAUUAUCAUGUAGAUUUAUGCAUAGUAUAACAAGAUUUAUAAUGAAAGAUGGGCAAGUUCUUAAGUGUCACGUGUUAAAUGGUGUUUGAGUGAAGGUAAAUAUCAACCAGGUUCAGCCUUUAUGAUUGAAAACAGGGAUAUUUGCUCAGUGAUCAACAUGAGGGGUUUAGAUUAACCCGCCUCUCUUCAGAUUAACAGUAUCAUUGUAAUCCACCUCUUAUUUUCUUCUUCCUCCUUGUUAAAGCGGUUGAUUUUAGAACGAUGUGGUUGUGUAAGAAAAAGACAUUUGAUUUAUACGAAGCUGUUAUGUAAAUAUUUAUUUAAAUAAAAGUAAAAUGUAAAACAUUUUUGGUGUUUCUGAUUAGCUGCUUUUGACCUUGUAUGGAUUUUUCCUAAUUUUCUGUCAUGUAAAUGCUGUUAUAGUCGUGGCUUCUGAUAUUA